AUGGCUGCUUCGGAUGAAACUCCAUCGGCUAAGAGAUGGCUUCCUCUUGAAGCUAACCCUGAUGUUAUGAACCAGUUCCUUUGGGGUCUGGGUCUUCCAGAGCAUGAGGUAGAAUGCUGUGACGUUUAUGGGUUGGAUGGAGAACUCUUAGAAAUGGUUCCAAAGCCUGUACUUGCUGUGCUGUUUCUUUAUCCUAUAACCUCUCAGUCUGAAGAAGAGAGAAUGAUGCAGGAUAACGAGAAACGGGAACCCAAAGGUAGAGUUUAUUUUUUGAAACAAACUGUGGGAAAUGCUUGUGGAACUAUUGGGCUUCUACAUGCUGUAGGAAACAUCACUUCGGAGAUCAAACUUGUUGAGGAGUCAUACUUGGAUAGGUUUUUCAAAAUUACUGCAACAAUGGAUCCAUUGGAGCGUGCCACAUUCCUUGAAAAGGACAGAGAAAUGGAAGUUGCUCAUUCAGUAGCAGCUACUGGUGGUGAAACUGAGGCAUCAGAUAAUGUGGACACUCACUUUAUCUGCUUCUCAUGUGUUGACGGGGAACUUUACGAGCUUGAUGGGAGAAAAUCAGGUCCAAUUCUCACGGAUGCAGCUAAAGUCAUACAGGGCAUGAUCCAGAAAAAUCCUGACUCCCUCAACUUCAACGUCAUUGCAGUUUCGAAGAAAUCAGGGGCCUUUCCUUAA